AUGAACUCAGGUGAGUGACAGAAAACUUCUCGUUGCUCGUUUAUUUUCUCUUUUAUGAUAUUUACCAGUUACUGCACUUUUACUGUCGACCAAAAACCACAGAAAUGGGGGGAUUUAGCUGAAACAAUAAUGUGUUCGCUCGAGUAUUUUAGAGACAAUGUACCACCUGAAGCGAAGCAACAGAUGCAUGAACUGUGAUUAAAUUUACAGACCAGAUAAAAUGACAUUAUAUUGUCAAAGCUAACAAGUUUGUAUAUUUUAGCACACUGUGUUAAAAUAUACAAACUUGUUGGCUUGUAUUUGUUUGACAUGAGUUUAGAGACAUGCAUGUGGACUUUCUCCAGUCCUUUAACUUGUGAGACUGCACUUCUCUCACUGUUUUCCUGGUCAAACUUUAUUAUAGAGACUUUUUCUUUUACUCUUCUAAUAUCUCGAACUGUGGCAACUUCAGUCAUGAAAAAUGUGUGUAGAUGAGGGGAAAUAAAACAAAAUCUCAUCCCGGUAGUCCUUUUACUAUUUACCCACCAGAGCAGAUUUUGGCACUAGUUCAGCCAGAUGUACCAGUUUGCGUGACACUAUUCUUGUCCCCCUCCUCCAUUUGUCUCCCACUUUUCAUCUCCCAUCUGCUCUUCCUCCUCCUCCUCACUGCUGCCUGUUGACUUGCACCAUUAGCCGGAUUACAGAGCUGUUGUGUUGAGUGGCAAAACAAAUACCCUGUGAUAUUUGAACCCCCCCUGAAGAGGGGUUUAGCACUUUACAGCAGUUUUACACUAAGCUGUCUCUACAUUAGUCUCAGUUGGUGAGUUAAAGACUGGACGCUCAUCGAGUCAACAUCUGCCAGACGACUGAACAAGCAACAAAUGUACCAUCUGGAUAUCCAAAAUGUGCAGGCAGAUUAGAUCCAUAUUUUAUUUAGUCCAAGCACAACUCUUAAUAUGUGCAAAUCUUUUACUUGUCUCUCUGUAGGCAUGAUGAAACCGCCUGUGGCCCCCAAACCAAAGCUGACCCUGCCCCAGAGGCCGGGCCUGUCUCCUGCAACCCCGAGAAAAGACGGUUUCUCACUCCCAUCUCCUGGUAACCAGAGGAAAGUUAAGCCAGAACUGGCCCCAAAACCCUGCCUCUCCAAACUCACCCCUGCUGUGGAGUCCAAACCGCUGGCUGCAAAGACCCCACACCAGACAUCUGGGAGAGACUCCCCACAGAGGACUGAGGGUCUUCUGAACUCUCAAAAUGGAAUACAGCAAGAGAACAAGAAGCCAGAUUGGGAUUAUAUUAUUCCUAUUUGUCUGUGUAGCAGUGAGAAUUGCUCGUGCAUCAGAAAAACACCAGUUAACAAAAUGGAGAAAGACUCGACAACGUUGCUGAAAGGUAAAAUUCAGGAAAACCGGAAGCUACUCACCUCACCACCUCGAGGUUCUGUGGAUAACAGAGAAGAGAAACCAAACAAGUGCCAAGUGGUAAACACAAACAGUAAACACCUUAAAGACACAUUUACUUUGGAGAAAAAUCUCAACACAGACGUGAACACAGUGACUCUUAGGCCAUCCUUUCCUCAUAGAACAUGGAGCGAUGAGGCAAAUGGCAACUUAACACCUCAAAGUGCAGCUGGGAGAGGACCAGAGGAUGAUGUUCUUGGCUUGGAGCAAACACCUUGUGCGUCCCAACCCAAAGCCAUCCCGGCAGCCUCUAGGAAGCCGCCCCCUGUCCCUUUACCCCGGAAACCCAGGAUGGCUGUUCUGACCCGUCAGGAAAAGGUGGAGGAGGAGGAGGAGGAGAGGGAAGAGAGUCAGAGUCAGGAAGGGAGAGAAAUGAAGGCGUCAUCACUGUCAACUGGUGAACCUGUUGAUAACGAGCAGACCGUUUUUCUGUCUGCAAGACGAGCCUACACUGCACCAGCCCCACCGCCCAGGAAAAAACCUUUUCUGUCCACACCUGAGAAAGCACCGACCUCUGCUCCUCACAAGCUCCCGCAGGAUGUGGAGGAGGAAGACCUGGGUUGGGACACCAGCAUCCAGGAGAUGGAAGUAUCUGUCGACAAGGAGGAUGAGGAUGUGGCAAAGGAGAAGGAGGGAAUUCAGGAUCAGGAGGCAGACUACGCUCAUAGUUCACUCCAUCAGCCAGUGCUCCGCCAUUCCCCGUCCAUCAGCGUUUCAGCAGAGGAUGUAACGGUCAAAGUAGCUCCAAAGAAGCCCAAGAGACACAGCAGCCCGAUGGCAUGGAUGCACAAGAAGGAAUCCUCGGAGGAGAAGGAAGAGGAAAAUAUAGGAGAGGAUGACAAAAGGCAAACAUGUCCUCUACAAGACGCUGAUUUGAAGGAGAGACUAACAAGGGAGCUUCCUCCAACCCCUGACAAGGAAAUGACCAGAAACUUCAAAUCUCAGACCAUCAAACCUGCUCGGUCCAGCCUGAACAAACCAAGAGCGAAGUCUUUCUCUGCUGCUGACCUCCCCCGCUCAGACGGUCAGAAGAGGAACUCUUUCCGGAGACUGCUGGACUUGAAGCUCUCGGUAAAGAAACUGAUAGUUAAAGGAGGUCCCACGCAUGAAAAUGAACAAAGCGUGGACAGAGAGCAAAAUGGAUCUCAGAGCUCCCUUGAGCAUCUUAGGGUUGAGAGAAAAUUCUCUUGGCCGCUGACAGGAGUGGAGCAAAGUGUGGACGGGGAAGAGUUCUCUCCUCAAGCAGAACAAGACAUUUACUAUGAGAACAUGCCGCACUAUGAGGAGAUACCAGACUAUGUGAAUGUUGAGACCACCACAACUACAACGGCCCCUCAGGCCUCUUUCUCCGAGAGUGCAGCUGCCUGGCAGAACUCAAUGUACAAUGAUGAGGGCAUUUAUGAGGAGCAGGAGCCAUACAUGUCCUUUGAGAAAGACACCAGACAACAACAGAGUCUGAAAACAGCAGAAUAUGAGAGGUACACAUUGAUGAAUCUAUUUCUGUCUUUGUCAGUGUUCUACUUGCCUCAGAAUAUGCCACACACACAGACGCUGCCGUUGUUUACAGAGAUCUGGUUAAUUACAGAGAGUGACUGAGAUCACAGAGCAGCGAGUCACAGUGUGUCUUUUGUAUCAGAUUCCUGUCAGAGGAGUUCGACGAGUACGGUGGCUUGUGUGCUGGCGAAGUGUUUCAGGUGUAACUGAGAUUAAGCCUGAUUAGUUUUAAAUACAUACUUGGUAACUUAUGCUAUUUACUUAUUAUGUGUGUCUACACAAACAACAUGCAACCUUUGGCAUAGAAGGCAUGAGUGUGAGGGCAGAGUUAGCGGUGCUUUAGUCAGAUAGAGCAAAGAGGACACUUAGAUGCUAACAUGUUCUGAAACACGUUUUAAUUAUAUCUAGUCUUUUUACGCCAUUUAGAAAGCCUUUUUUUAUUAUUUAUAUUUACUCAGGUUUAAAAUAUAUUGUGCUCAAAAUUGUGUUACAGUUAAAGAAAAUAAUUUUGCAAAAUAUUCCUAGUAUGUAUCUUGUUUCAGUAGUGAUGGGCACGGCAGUUCUUUCAGAUGAACUGAAUCACGAGAAUCAGUUCACUAAAAAGAUUUGUUCAAAAGAUUUGUUCACCAAAUCACCGAAGCCUGCGACUCUGAACCUCUGAACUGAUACACAGCUGAACGUUUCAGGAUUCAGUUCAAUUCAUAGCUUCUGGGACCAAGAGACGAGAGUGUUUGGCUGUGUUGCUUUGACAAACAGGUUUGUAAAAAUGAACUUGUUUUUAAGUCAUGAUGUUUUAAGUGUACUGUCCUAUGGUAUACUAUUUAUCAGGUCUGCUCAGUAAAUUGGGCUCAGUGAGUGAUUCGUUCGCAAAAUGUUUAGAAGAAUUCACACUAAACAUAAACCGUUCCCUCGCAAACCACUGCAAUGAUAGGAUGCUGCGGGUUUAAUGCACCACUUGUUACAUGCUGUGUCCUAUUGUAUGCAAGUUGUUGUGGUGGCAAUUUAGCUGUAAAAAAAAAAAAAGUAGCUUUGUCCAACAAAAAUGAUUCUAGAGAGUGUAGUUCAAUGCGCGAUUCGUUCACGAAGUGAUUCAGGUGUUGUUGCAUGCGGUCCCUCGUUCACUGGCUGCUCGACUGGCAAUGUUGUUUCUCACUUCAGCUCAAGUGGGAAACGAACGAACCACUCGAGGAACUAAUUCGGGGAAGGGAAGAUUCGGUUCUUUUGAAUGAAUCGUUCGCGAACAACACAACACUAUGUUUCAGACACCCUGUUUUCUCUUAAUUACUCUGAAUUAGAGUCCCUUUGAGAAAUUAGCAUGUCAGUAAAACUUUUUUGUUGAUGCUUUGCCAAGGGAAAAAUCAUUAUACAUCGUCUUACAAAGGCCAAUCAGAGCGAAUCUUUGUUAAUACUUAGCAUUAAUAUCUUUCAAUCCAACCCCCUUUUUCUCUGUAUUUAAUCUCUUUUUAAACCUCUUUAAUCAUGUAGCCAAACAUCAGACCAAUGUCCUCUCUGCAAUGCCUGCUGCUCAUGUAAAAAGCAGUUGAACAGAUAUCCAGUUUGUGAUAAUCUUCCAGUUCAUGUCAAUUUUGGCGCCCCCUGUGGACAAAUCUGUCUCUGCUGAUCAUGACUCCUACAUGCUGAAGUAGAGAAAAAAAAUCUCAUCAUUCUGACUUUGAAAAGUAAAAUGUAUUUAUGGUGAAUAUUUUACAAGGGCUGUUCCUUCAGCCUACCCCUCUGAAACAGUUUAAUGCAUCAAAAAUUAUAUUAGAAAAAUCACCACUCUCUCAACAAACUCAUCACAGGAUCCUAAAAUGGGCUGAAUAAGUUCCUUAGACCUGUAUAGAAUCAGCAGUUUGAAUAUAAAGCUUUAGUCACCAGAGAAAUCCUCACUGUAAAGCAGUCAGGUUUUUAAAGGAAGGGGAGCUAGAAAGACUUAAAAUCAGGAAAAGAUAGUACUGUGUUUUUUUUCUCACAUUAGCUUAUAAAUGAUCUCAGUGUGAUUUAUCUUGAACCAAAACCUCAUGCAUUUGCAGAAGUUGGGAAAGUACUGAUAUGGUGUAUGAACCAACCCAGUAUGGAGAGAAAAAUUGGUUUUGCUGCUUCAUCAGCACAAUUCAACUUUAACCUUUUAAUCUUGGGUGUUGCACUUCUCUCUUCAUGCCAAGAACUCACAUUGUUAUGACUUGGAUGAGAAAUGAGCAGAAGUUGUUUAAAAAAAAAGGGAUUAGAGUUUGUGAAAUGCAUACUAGCACAGCUUAGUGCUUCACCCCUCUUUACUUGAAACUUCGAAGCAAUCACAUGUUCAAAACACGCUGAGCCGCUCACGGGGGAAUAUCAUACCUACAACAACUAUAUGCGACAUGCCGCAGUGUCUCAGACCCACAGACUCCAGAUCACUGGGAUUGUGUCUGAGUGUUGGUUGCUUUCUUGCUCUGCGGUUUUGUUCAGGGAGGUGCCGUUGUUUCACAUGUCGAGCUCCCUCAGGGAAUUGUGGCAUUUUAGCUAUGUAGUUUCGCUCUGAUGCAGUCCUCUUUACACUGGUCAUAUCCAGAACAUCUAAAACUGCAAAAUAGCAUCAACAAAGUGUGUGAAAUGUGUUUGUUUGUGGCUUGUUUUAUUUCUUGUCUCUCUGUUUUACAUGUCAGCUUCUUUCUUUGACCCUGGAAAUGCAGAUGAACUCAUUACUAGAGAGGCUAAACUUUCUCGAUGAUUAUCAUUUAAUCCUUUUUUUCCGGUCCCUUUCCUGUGUGUUUUUCAUUAUGACCCAAACUUGAUUAAAUCAGUAAAUAUUGGAUUAUUCUUGUACCGAUGUUUUUCUGCCAUAAAGGAAAUAUCCAAAAGAUUAUAAGCUGGCAGAGGUAUUGUCAUUUCAGGUCUCAUCUUUUUACUUACCUUUCAUGAAUAACAUCCUCACUGCAUACGCCUGAAGUUGUCUCUGUGUGUCAUUAACACCUGCACAGUGAGUUCAAGCUCCUGCGUCAGCCUCCAGCUCCUCUGACCCCUAACCUCUCUUUUUUUUUAACAAAAGCUCUGUUGAUGAGGAUGUGCCCCCACUCGAUGAAGGUCCGUCAGAUGAUGACAUCUUGGCUAACACCUCAGAUGAAGAGGACGAGGGAGACAGCAGCUCCGUCUCGAGUAAAGGAGACCCGGAGCAGCCAGGAGAGAGCGCGGUGAGCCGAGAUAGUUUUAGUCCUUUUGACACCUUGUUAGCUGCACCUGGAUUUCUUUAUUAUGAUGAACAGCAGGUAUCUUCUCUGUGUGCUUUUGUUGUGACCUUCACAGUGAUGUAUUGCAGUGCUUUGUAAAUCUGUUUUUGGACUUUUGUUAGGCCCAGAGCGGACAGAAGAAGAGCAAGAUUCAGCACAUCGCAACUGAAAUUAUGAGCUCUGAGAGAGUGUAAGAGACCUCAUUUGUUUCUUUUAAAUGCUGAUAAAUGAUGUGAAAUAUUUGUUAUUUUUAGAAGUUAAAUUGAACUAGUUUUGAGAUGACUGAACAAUAUGAAUGUAUAUAUAUGUUUUAAUGUGUUUUUCAUUUGUAUCUUAUCUUUUAAAGCUCUUGAUUUGUAGUUGUAGUUGUAGGUUUUGUUUGCUGUGGUGUGUUUUUUAUUUGGGGUGGAGUAGUACAUGAGUUCAACAUCAGUAUCAACCCUGUUCCUCUGGUAUCAGUAUUUUCCCUGUUGACAGAUGUUGGCCUGACCAAAUAAUCAGUAACAGUCCAAACGCCAGUAGCUGAUAUUUAUUUGAAACUUAGCGUAUCUGAUCUUUAUCUUAAUCACUUCAGUUUAAUGCUGGAAAGUUAUGAUACCAAACUGAUGAUUCAGAGAAGAGGUUUUAUAUUGUGCAGAGACGGAAACCUGUUAGACAAACUCUGAUUUGUUUUCAUUGUCGCAUGUGACAAAAAUGUCAGCAGCGUAGGAGUAUGACAACACCAUAUUUCAAAAAGAACAGCACCAUGCAGUUUGUACGAUAUGUUUCAGAGACAUUUCAAGAGUGAAGAUAAUUAUAAACAGUUAAAACACAUUCAGUCUCAUAUUUCAGCUGAAAAACACAAAUGUUGGUGUAAGACUCGGUGUAAUUGUUUUUCCACGUAGGCAUCAAAAUAGACCCUGAUUUUCACAAUCUGUGCUUCUCUUUUUUGUAUGACACAUCAAGUUUCUAUGAGGUUUGUGGGUCAGUUGUUCUGCUGUCAAAGGUUUAUUUCCUACAGGGAAGAAUAAUGUAAGUUUUAUCAGUCUAAUCUAAUCGUACAUCAUUCCAGACAUAGGAGUCUAACACCUCUGAAUACAUAAAAGCAGUAAAAAGCUUUCAUAGGGACUCAGCUAUUCAGUUUUACAUUAUUACUUGUCAUCAUUUUUAUAUUUAUUCACCUUUAAUGUAACAUAUAACAAAAAAGAUGUUGCUUUGUGUAUGUGUUUAGUUAUUUAGGGUUCCUACUUGUAGUAUUAAAAUGCUGACAGUGUCACAGAUGACCAAUAAGUCGCACAGAAUGAAGCGGAGGCAAAUAUCUAAACACCGUGUCAAGUAAAGCCAAAGUUCUUCCAUGGAUUGUCAAGAAACACGUUUUGCUUUCCUGGUGCUUGUGGUACAGUAAUUAUUAUGACUCCAGAGCUAAUGCUGGAUUCAUAUAUGCGCAUAACUCCUAAAAAUGUCAAUACAGUUUUUAAGUGGGUCGAAUAUGUGAAUGCAAAUAGUUUGCCUGCCACCGACCUGGUAAAAUUUCUGGGUGAAGUGAGGGUGAGCCAAUGUAAGAAUGCAGCAGGAAAUAUUCACACGGAUUAGGGGUCCGAUACAAACCCAGCUGAGGGACACACAACAGAAUUAAUUACAGCAUCUCUGAGAUUGCAGAAGGAGAAUCAUUCAAAUUAUUAUAGCUUCAGAUGUUUCGCCAAGGUGAAAGAGACUUAUCCUAAACCUGACAGCAUCUUUAAACUUUAUUCUUCUUGUUUUUCCAGGUUUGUUGAUGUCCUGAAGUUGCUUCAUGUUGUAAGUACCUCCACACAUCAAUGUUUUGGUCACACAAAAAUGUUCUCUCUCUCUGUGUUGUCAGUGGAAAAAACAGCAGCUGUUGUUAUUCUGUGUAUUUUUUAAUCUAGUAGUGCUGGUCUACUGACUGAGCCCACAUUCUCCAUAUGCGUUUCAUUAUGCUCGAAGCAACUGCGGCACACCCCAUGUAGGAUAACACUGUGUGUAGACCCAACUCCCCUCAGUCUCACCCACAAAGCUCACAUUCCUCACGGUUUUCCCCCAGUCUGUAAGGAGUACAGUGAAGUAAACACAAAGUGAAGUCUAAUCUUCUUUUUAUGUUUCUUUCAGUUUCAAAAAAAGCAAAGCUUCCAAAGUGACAUCAAGUUUUUCUAGUUAAAGUUUGACACAAUAGCAGAAAACACAGUUACAGAUGUGUCAGUGUCUAUCAUCAGACCAGUGCCACUUUAUUCCACUUAUUAUCCCCCUAACAGUCUCUGAGGUGAAAAUAUCCACUUCCAGGUUUUCCAUAGGUGGAGCAGAAAUAGUUCAUGAAAAGAAACACCUUUGAUUCAAUCACAACUACAGACAGCUUCAUGUUUGCUCAAAGUGAGUAAAACAAAUGGAAAAUAUGGUGAAAUACUGAAACCGAACACAGUGAAGCUGUAAGAGGAGCAGUUUUCACAUACUGAAAGCCACAAUCUGACGUAACUUCACCCUACAUGACGCAAAAUGAGAGAUAACAUUCAGUAAUAUACGUAAUAUAUGACAUGAAGUUUGAUGACCUCCAAAGACAGAGGUGCCAACAGCUGCUCUGGAAACUAAAAAAAAUCACCAUCAUUUAAAAAAAGAAGAGACACAUCACUGUUGAAGUAUCGACUUGACAGCACACACCUUCAUUAGAAAUAGAGGUAGAGAGCUUGAGAUCGGAGAGAAGAAUCUUACAUCUGUCCUUUUCACACCAUGUGAUGCCAGUGAUUUAUAAGUGAAAGGGUCUCUGUGGGGAUUUCGUGUGAACCAAGUUAAUGUUCUUUUAGAGGAGCAGUUUUUGUGGGAUGUUGCGGUGAGUUUCCAGAUUACAACUAAAGAACAUCUGCUUUCCUUAACUACCCUUUUGACGCCUGAAGGAGAACCUACAGCAGCUGAAAAACCUUCAAAUACUAUCACACACACACACAACACAACAAAAGAGACAGUGCAUGUUUGUCCAUUCUAGGCUGUUGUAGAAAUAUGGUAGAUAUAUACUAUUCUAUACUCUAUGACAUUUCUGUUAAUAACUCUGCAAAUAUAUGCCAAACGAGCACAUUUGACCUUAAAGUAUUACAAAAUAUCUCAAUCUUUAUGGUCCAAUAAAAAGCUUAAAUGCAGUUAUACACUUCCUCACUCAACAUUCACUCGGCUAAGGGCUGUGUCACACACUUUUGUCCUCUUGCAGAAGCUUAAAACAAUCAAAACAGGCACCAACUCAUGACAAAGCUGCUCUAUAGAGUAAGAGUGCUUAAAGAGGUCAAACACUUCUCCUUAUCUUUCUAUUACAGUCGGUCUGCUCCUGUUUUAACCCGUGUUCACAGUCCCGGUUUGUCUCUAUUGUCUCAAAGAUAACCUCCACAUCAACUGUAAUUUUCCGCUUCGUUAUUUUUCUCCAAAAAAAAAAGGAUAAUUGUUGUCGUAUGUGCGGAGUCUAGGAGAGGAAAGGUCAUGAAGGAAAGAUUGUAGUAGGCCUGAGUCAUCAGUGACUCUUAACUGUGGAGCACAGACAGGAAGUGCUCGAGUCUCUGUAGACUUGAGAGAAAUCAGGUCCAGUAACAAGAAAGUCAUCCAGUUCAGAAGCAUCCCAAGGUGACUUACGCUAUCCUCCUCUCUCCCAGGCGCUCAGCCAACUUUUUCCUAAGUGCUGUUUGAUAAAAAACAACUUGCCAUUUAUUAUGUGGUUGAAUCUGUCUUAUCAGUUUGGCCAUAUUUUAGCUCUCUUUUGUUAAGCUGUUUAUUCUUUUUUUAUUCCAAAUCUCAGCUGUCCAGCUGCUGAAGGAUUAACCAACUUUGUCUUUCGGGUUGAUUGAAUUGUGUUGUCAAUGUGAUCAUCUUUCAGAAAUACAGAGUUCAGAGAUCGUAAAAGAAAAAGGUUUCUACUCGUCUGAAGUGUCCAGCUCUUUGUCAGGCUUGUGUUGUUGCAUAAAAACAGUUACUCAGUGUUGUAUCUGAGUCAGCCGUGCGCCCGCUGUUCUCUUUUAUCAUGAAAUAUCCAAACUGUUUUUCUUUUUUUCUUUUUAAACGCUCUCCCAUGUGACACUUCUCCUUCACAGUCAGCUGCUGUGGUAGGAAGAGAUCACACACACAAACCACAGGAGCUCUAUACACAGUGCUGAGUCUGAGCGCUUUUAUUUGCCAUGUGUCCCCAUAAACCAACCCCCCCCCCUAAAAAAAAUCCACAUCAUCAAAAAAGUGAAGCAGAACCAGGCUCCUUUAGCUCUUGGCUGCUGUUUUAGUCCUGAUUCACAGAAUACUGGAAAUUAAAGAAUGCCCAAUGUGAGUCAGAUGUGUGCGUCAGCAGUUUCCUCCUCCUUAUCUUUUCUUCCCUCUUUGUUAAGCCUCCCAGCGCCUGCAUCAUUCAUACUUUUUGAGACCAUCUCACACAAUUUGCAUAGUUGACACUUUUAGAGGCCUGCAAUUUUUGGAGUUCAUCAAAAUGCAAUACUGGGCUUGGCUGCUGCACACGAAUAAAGAACAAGUUCGACCUAAUACCCUUUUUUCCUCACACUGUAAGACUUUCAGUGUUCUUGCUUUUUUCUACCUGACUUGAUCCGUCUUUUUAUCUGACCCACAGGACUUCCGAGACACUGUAUCAAAAGCAUCCCAGCAGAGUGGGAAGGCUGUGAUUGAGGAACGGCUUCUCAACCAGAUCCUGUAUUACCUCCCACAGCUCUACGAACUCAACCAGGACCUGCUCAGAGAGCUGCAGGACAGAGUCGCCAAAUGGUAGAUACUUCACCAGUGUGUGUUUUGACUCAGAGAAGUUCUGCUCCUUCACUGUCAGGCCAAAGAAGUGUCAGUGUAAAUUUCCUUUAAUCUCAUCAGCUUGUAGGAGACAGUAAUAAUGACCUAAGCCGUCCUUGUACUGAGUCAAUAACACUUAUUUUGCUCCAUUAAAUUAUUAAUUUACUUGACAGCCUGACAGCAUUCAGGUCCCACUGUUUUCUCUGUCUCACCAAGGGCAUUUUGGUAAAAGUAGACAAAUUCAGGUGUUUGUCUGCACCCUGCGGUGUUUGUUAGCGACCUCUUCCUCCAACCGUGCCAGGGCCAAGGAAGCGUACCAUGCCUGUGCACGGUACAGUGCACUGGCAGCUGGACUUUGGGGGUGAAACAUGUCCGAGUAUGGUACGGAUUACCUAGUAUGAGUGCAGCCGAAAAGAGGAGGCUUUUAUAGAAGUGUGUUAACACCCACUGUUUUUGGACUUAGAUGUUAAACAAACCCAGUCUGCAUACUUUAGGACCUGUGCUAAGUACCUGAUUACAACCGCAUUCCUGUAGACAUCAUACCAGUCUACUCGCUGCUUAGUUGUGCAGCACAAAAUGAUCUGAGUUUGAUAAUAUCGAAGGCAAAAGUUUUGAAUUUUUCUGUCUUGAUGUGUUGAUUAAGAAAGUUUGACCUCUUUAAAAAUAGGUGCACUCAUGACACACAGUCCAGAGUGACAAAUCUUAUCACAGACACCUGACUCACUCUCAAAUAAUGAGGAGGAUUUCUAUCUACUGUGAUUAUUUAUAUGUGUAUCCUCAUAAAGAUGUAGUUUAACAGUUUGUCUGAUUCUCCUUUCUUCUUUACAGGGAUGAAACUGCAAAGCUGGCUGAUAUUUUCCUGAAGAAAGGUCCCUAUCUGAAGAUGUACUCCACAUACAUUCGCGAGUUUGACAAGAAUGUGGCUUUACUAGAAGAGCAGAGCAGGAAGAACCAAGCUUUUGGCACGGUGGUACGGGAAUUCGAGGUAAAGAGGCUCGCUCAACCUGUUUCAUUGUCUGAGAGAGUCAGUCAAUGAGGUUGUUUAUGCACCACUUGUGUUGUGUUGGUUUUGAAAAUUGGGUCAUUUUUUUUGUCACGUGCUUUGUUCCCAGGCCAGUCCACGCUGCGCUAACUUGGCUCUGAAGCACUACCUCCUGAAGCCUGUUCAGAGGAUUCCUCAGUAUCAGCUGCUGCUCACAGGUACAGAAGAAAAAAAAAAGGUUACUUAAAAAAAAAUCAAAUCCCAGCUUCAUUUACUUCCAAAAUCAGCUGGAAUUAAAUCUCUUAAUCUCUGCUUGUUUGCUCUUACUCAGAUGUUUGUUUUGAGGUGUCAUGCUGCCCCCUGCUGUCUAAUAAACAAAAAAAAAGCAUCAUUUGAAAUUCCUGUCUCGCCUCCUCAAUCCUCAUAUAAUAAGAUUUUUUGAAGUGCAGCCCACACUAGCUUUGGUGACAUAACAGGAGCUUUAACAUGAAGGAGCUUAGUGUUUCAUGAGUCUAACACAUCAGAGUCAAUCCCUCAUUACCAAACUGUGAAGAAUGUUCCUGCCGUCACUCUUGUGUAAUUGUAUUAUGUAAGCACCUGCAGACCUUGUUAUCUAGGAUUUUAAUUUCAGAUCAAGUUCCAGGAAUUCACUGCAUAACACUGCAUAACCCAGCAUACAAAGUGGUCUUCGCUUGUUUGGGUGGACUGCUGACCCCAAGUCUUACAUGUUUGUCAUUAUGUUUCAGAUUAUCUGAAGAAUCUGUCUGAAGACUCUGGAGACUACAAAGACACGCAAGGUAUUCCCUUUUUAAUAAUCUAUGCUGCACACUCACCUGAGGGCAUCAUCAGUCGGUUUUAAAUGUGACGUACUUUUUUAUCCACCCAGCCGCCCUUGCUAUCGUGAAGGAGGUUGCCAAUCAUGCAAACGACAUAAUGAAACAAGGGGUGAGACUCAACAACAAACCAGGCGAUCAAUGAAAUGCUCUCAACAUUUUGAUCAAAUUCUCCAUGAGAGUGUCUGAUCUUUACUUUUUUUUAUAUGUCAGGAUAACUUCCAGAAGCUGAUCCAGGUGCAGUGCAGUCUGAACGGACACCAUGAGAUAGUUCAGCCUGGGCGGGUAAGGCUGCAGAGAUCGUUCUUUAGGCUCUUGUUUUAUUUUCUCACUCAAAGGGCAGAUCCCUUAAUAUCGUAAAUGUUUCCACACAAGAUUAAAUUACAAAAAAAAGUUACAAUAGAACAUUAAAGGGAUAUUCUGGCGUAAAAUUAAUUUAGGGUCAAACACACCGUAACACCAAGUUAGACACCCCCUCGAGAGAUGAAUGUUGUCGACCGCUUGCUUCUCUAGUUAUACCAACUUUAGUAACGACCGCAGGAUAGCAAUACACAGCGGUCUGAGGAGCCUUGAACAAACCUCAACCAAAACGCCACUUUAUAGCCACAAAUAAUGCUCAGAACAGCACCUAACUUCAUCAACAGUACAUAUAGGGUCCCAGCCAUAGUACUAGCCACCAAACAUCUUUUUAACUUUGCCUGAUUUCUUUAGAAAAGAGACUAAACACAACUCACCUACUCCCUUCCAGCAACUGCUUGUUUGUAGUGAGACCUUGGGCCAGUCCAUUACGGACUCCAGCGGGGUGAUGCAGCUCAAGGAAGAACAUUUAUGAUAAUUUCUUCAUGGAAAUGCAAUCAGACUGAGACAAAAUGAUUAAUAUGAUGAUUAUUACCUCAGGGAAAUGAUAAAGAAAUAAUCAUCAACAUUCAUCUCUCGAGGGGAUGUCUAACUCAGUGUUACGGUGUGUUUGACCCUAAAUAAAUUUUACACCAGAAUACCCCUUUAAAGGAAUAGAUUGUGUUUCUUGAGGUGGGGUUCUUAAUAGUCAGUGUAUCACUGUGUUACUGACAUAAUUUUAAAGCACCAAAUGUCAGGUGAACACAGUCAUGGAUGUAGAGUUUUGAGAAUGUAGUCAUAUUCUGUGCACCAUAGGUUGUCACAUCAUGUAAUACAAAAAAAGGGAAAGAAAAUAGCUGAACACUGACUUUAAAGAAACACUUCUGCUGCUCUGGUUUUCUGGUUUAACUGCUGAAUAUGGAAGACUGUCAGGGGAUUCUGGUUAGUGAGUGACUCUAGCUGUUAGUUAAGACUGUGGCUAUAUGAGCAGAUGGUGUCCUCUGAUCUGAAUUGAGUCCCACUGACGACAGAAAGUUCUUCUCCCUGUUUAUGAGCAUUGGCUUGUAACUCUCCUGCUCUCUAGUGAGCUCAGUACUUCCUCCGUUCAUUCCUCCCCUCUGGCUCACAAAUGUGCCCUCUUGUGUCCACAGCAGAUGAUGUUUCAUUAGUACUGUCAGAAUCACUCAAUGGGCACCAUUGGCUUUGUGGUGUAAAUGCCCAGUGUAGCAGUCGCUGGUUAGAUUCCCGACCACGACCCUUUGCUGCGUGCUACUCUCAGUUUAACCACUGAUCUGCACUGGCCCCCCUAAGAUGUGUGUUAUUUUAAGAAAUGUAUAAAUAUAUCAUAGAACUGCUACUAAUCUCACAAAAUUAAACAACACAAGUGGAACAACACACAGUUUACUGCAUUAUGUUUUACGACACUUGUUUGUUGCAGAUCUUCCUGAAAGAGGGCGUCCUGAAGAAACUGUCAAGGAAGGUCAUGCAGCCCAGAAUGUUCUUCCUGGUACUUUCCAGCCUCUCUCCUACUUCCUCACUGUCACACCUGUUCAAAAACUUUCCAACCUCUAAAGCCCAGAACAUGUUCUGUGCUUUGAGUAGGAUGAGAUGCCAUACAAUACUUAUACUGGCUCAUUUUUUCAUAAUGUUUUAGCGUACUGUAUCUAAGCCAAAUCUUUUUGUAUUGUUUUUUGAACUUACCUUCUGGUGUUGAUGUUAAUUAUAUUGUUCUUUUGUAUUAUUUCCCCAGUUUAACGACACACUGCUGUACACCACUCCAGUUCAGUCAGGACAGUACAAGUUCAACAACAUGUUGUCUCUGGCUGGGAUGAAGGUGAGACAUUUUUUAGCCUUUUUGUUCUCUCUUCAUCUUUUAAAUAUAUGUUGUCACAUUUUCCUUCCUACCAUCACUUAUUACAAUGAAAAUAAUUACAGGUUAGCAAACCCAACCAGGAGGCCAAUCAGAAUGAGCUGAACAUAGAAAGUGUGGAGCGCUCCUUUAUCCUCUCAGCAAGGUAAUGAUCAGAAACAGAGACUAUCUCCUGUUAGCCUGAGAAUGUGUAUUGUUUUAAUCAAAUAUGAACAGUUUAUGUGUCAUGUGUAGGUUUGUGACUAGUGUGUAGGUGUGUUGUAACACUCUGUUUCUUUCUGCAGUUCAGCCACAGAGAGAGAUGAAUGGCUCGAAGCCAUUUCAACAGCCAUCAGUGACUACACCAGGAAGAAGAUCAGUUUUAUUUCUGGCAAGCCUCCAGAGGAGGUAAAAUAACCUCACACAUUUGCUGUUUGUAGUGUAUGAGGCUCUCUUGUAGUGAUAAAAACAAAUCUGUUCUACAGCAAAUGCUGCAACUAUAAGGGGUGAAUCUAUUUCUUUUCCCCCUUUGAUAUCCAGGUGGAGUUGAGGGAUUGUAAUGAUGGUGCUCCUUUGGGAUCCAAAGCUCCCAUAUGGAUCCCCGACCCCCGCACUACUAUGUGUAUGAUCUGUACCUGUGAGUUCACCCUCACAUGGAGGCGACACCACUGCAGAGCAUGUGGAAAGGUACGGUGACUGGUUUGGUAGAAAAUAUCUCAUUAAAAAAGAUGACUUUUAAAACUGUAAAGCAAAGUAGAUUAAAACCCAUCGAGGGAUGAAAACUGUCAUAUGUAAAAGAAAGAAAUUCAGAUUUCAUUCUUUAUCUUUCCACUAGGUGGUGUGCCAGUCCUGUUCCUCCAACAAACACUGUCUUGAAUACCUGAAGAACCAAAUAGCACGAGUGUGUGAUCAGUGUUUCCUCGUUCUCCAGCAGCAGAAAAGUACGUCUUUUUGUAAGGUUUUGUGUGGCUCACAAAUAAGUGUGUUUUUAACACAGACACUUUUAUUUUUUGUCUUAACACUCCUGUUUUACAUUGAUGGUUUUCAGGUGAGCAAGCCCAAGGCGCAGCAGUGUCCCCUGGAAGCAGAGCGACCUUUGCCUUCUCCAGAAAGCACAAGAAGAUUCCUGCAGCCCUCAAAGAGGUGCCUGAUUUGUUGUUUUGCUCUGAUCAUUUGUGGAUGAUAAUGACAUUAUAUCUUCUAUAAGACUGGGUUUAAUCUUUUCAGGUGUCUGCAAGCACAGACAACUCUUCCAUGAGUGGUUAUCUGCAGAGGUCAAAGGGCAAUAAGAAGCAGGCUAAGAGGCUGUGGUUCGUCAUUAAAGACAAGGUCCUGUACACGUAUGCUGCUAGUGAGGUAAGGCCCACUCUGUGCUUGAGGGCAGACCAGUCUUGCGUUGUAAUUAACCAAAAAGAACGGUUAUUUCAUAUUCUUGAAACACUUGAUUUGUGUGUGUCUUCAUACAGGAUGUUGCAGCCUUGGAGAGUCAGCCCCUGUUAGGGUUCCUGUUGAAAGCUGAUUCAUCACAGAAGUUGGAGUUUAAGCUGUACCACAAAAACACGCUCUACUAUAUUUUUAAAGCUGAUGAUGUCCAAACAGCUCAGAGGUAAUGUAUGAAAAAAGGGUUAAUUACACUUCAACACAUAUUCAUGGAUUUAUAAUUUAAAUGACAAUCUUUCUUUAUCUUUUUUACAGAUGGAUUGACAAAUUCAGAGAAGCCACCGUACUAUAA